AUGCAGUUCACCACCGCUCUCAUUGCCAUCUUCGCCAGCGUUGCGGUCGCUGCCCCUACUGGUGACGGACACAACGGCGGCGGCUCUACUCCUGCCCCCUACGAUCCUUGCUCUGGAUUGUACGACAGUGCCCAGUGCUGCGCGACCGAUGUCCUCGGAGUCGCUGACCUUGAUUGUGCUUCCCCCACUUCGGUUCCCUCCUCUGCCAACGACUUUAGAAAGAUCUGCGCGGUUGGUGGCCAGCGGGCUCGUUGCUGCGUUCUCCCUGUGCUCGGACAGGCCGUUCUUUGCCAAACUCCUGUUGGCGUUUAG